GGCAGUAUUUAUGAAGCCGCCCUGGAUGGAUGUGGGACAUAUUUCUACACAGAGACAGAAAGUGAUCACGGCUGCACAGAGUCUCAUUGUUUUAAACCGGAUUUAGGUAAUUUUCAAAGGAUAAAAUAUCAGACCUGCUGGAGGAGAGAUGAAGCUUCUGACAUCCGCCCUCCUCCUCAUCGUUCUUACAACCAGCUCAGCUAGGCCGAUCCACUCUGACGCCGACAUCUCCGACAGUGACCUGAAGCAGGGAUGGCUGUUCGGGAACCACCGGAGAUUCUGGCGCUCGUCUGAAUCUUCUGCCCAAGAUUCCAAUGAUUCCACUGACUCCUCCGAUUCCUCUGAUUCCUCCGAUUCCUCUGAUUCCUCUGAUUCCUCUGAUUCCUCGGAGUCAAGCGAGUCUUCAGAGGAAGUUCUUGUCACAGAUCCGACCAGCCCACCUAUGACGAGUACUGCUGCAAUGACCACCAUGACGAAAGGAGAAGAGCUCCCCACCAAACCAGGCAUGAUCACCACGGAUGACCCGACUGCGACGGAAGGCUCGACCGACACCACGCCUGGUUCCCCGUCCACCGAUGUGACGCAUUGUUUUACAGAAGAGAUUCUAACAUUCGCUCCCAUCACCGACAACAGAGGAGACAACUAAGCACCUGACACAACUGUUAAACCACAUGUUAACACAUUAGAGCUUUGUCUACAAAUGUUAUUUGUCUUUGUGGAUCUGUGUUUGGACUCAUCGUGUUUAUGAAUUUGUUGUUUUCUUCACGCUUAGUUUUUGGAUUUGUGUCUCUUUUGGUUUAUUACUUCCUGUUUUAUUUUUUGGUACUUCCUGUCUUUGUCUGCCCUGCAUUGAUUAGUUUUACGUGUGUUUAUCUUAUGUCUGUUCUUCUCAUUAUUCUCUACUGUAGCUUGUGUUUAUUUAUCAUGUGUUCGAGGUGCACCAAACCUGUCGGUCAAAUUAAAGACGGUUUACUGGAAAA